CGGGUAUACGUUAGACUGAAUACUACAUACAUGCCGGUACAACUAACUUGAACAGGAUGCGAGCGUUGUUGUCCUUCGCGCUCGUUGCGUGCGCAUACGCAUAUGAAAGUUUUGACACACAGAGUGUGAAAUCAGGGACGAAGGGUGGAAAUAGCAACUACCAAUAUAGAGGAGGUGAUAUCAGCAGAUUUUACGGCGCGAAUAAUACGCAAUACUAUGGGCCGGGUUCCAUCAACGGUGCGCCACAGCAUAACUUCGAAGUUGGCGUCUGUUACGUGGAAGUGCCAACAGCAAGUAUAGCUCGGGAUCCUGCUCAUGUUCCAGCUGGAAAUGGAUCACGCUCCGACCUCAGUCGCAUCAGAAGUUGCUGCAAAGGCUACAAGAGGAACCCGUAUAAUUACCGCAUCUGUGACCCAGUGUGCACCGCGGAAUGUAUCAACUCGCUGUGCACCGCUCCUGACACUUGCUCCUGCUACCCAGACCACGUCAGGAACUUGGGCGGUAUUUGUGUGGCCACGUGUCCCAUUGGCUGCCAAAACGGCCACUGCUCAGGGGGCGAAUGCCUCUGCAAAGAGGGUUACAAGUUGGACCGCGAUGGCAAAUUUUGUGUGCCUAGUUGCGCAGCGGAGUGCGACCGUAUAGGAAACUGUACAGCCCCAAAUACGUGCGAGUGCAGACAAGGAAUAUCACAUCCAAUUUGCCAGUCAAGUCAUCAAACACCAGGAAGGGACCAACAUCCUACACCAGGGCCUUACCAACCCCAAUAUGGCACAAAUAAUAAUAAUCCAUCGUAUCAUUAUUACCAAAACAAUAAUAACACACACUUUCCAGUUCCAAACCAAAGUUCUUCUCUAACCACGACUCAAUCUCCAUACGGUCAUAGACCUCUGGAUCAAGGACAAGGCCAGCACCAACCCAACCCAGGAGCUCUGCCUCCACAAUCUGGACAAAGGCCCCACUACUCCACGUAUCCGAUCACAUACAAUUUUACAAAUACUUAUAACCGUCCUUUGUAUCCAGAUAACCAAAUCGCUCCAAAUCCAUCAAACCCUUCAGCUUCUAACAACGGUCAAAAUCCACAGAACCCUGUGUGGAAUCCGUAUUCACAGAAUACCGUUAGACCUAAUCAAGACACGGUCUAUGCUCACUACCCUUCUGGUCAAACUGUAAACAUUUCUAUUCCGUCCCAGUAUCCUCCAAUAUAUCCUUCUAAUCAAAUCAGUCCCAACACCAAUACAAAUCAAGGUGGUGUCACUUCUGAUUAUCCUGUUACUCCAAAUUAUGAUCAUAAUUAUCCUUCAGGUAAUCAAGGUCCACAUUCCAUGUAUCCUUACAAUCAAAACCCGCAAGGUUCGAACCACCCUCAACCGGGCGGAUUCUACAUUUACAACAGUACCGGUUCUUCAAUUAUUUCAACUACUACUUCAACAUAUCCUCAAAGGCCAGGUUCAUAUCCUUAUCCUUCAUACCCUUAUCCUGGACAGCAAAAUUCGCCUUAUGGCCACCAGUCUCAGGGCAUCAAUUCAUUUGACCAAAAUUCAUACCAAACUCAGGAUUUGUCAUUUUCACCUACGUGCUCUGGACCCUGCAUCAAUGGAGCUUGUGCUGAAAAUAAUAUAUGCAAGUGCUACCCUGGCUAUGUUGUGGACGAAGACGAUACUAGUGGUAGAAGAUGCCUACCGCACUGCCCCGGUGGUUGUCCCAACGGGUACUGCGCAUCUCCAUACAGCUGCGCGUGCGACGAAGGUUACUACAAGGACAUCAGCAUCAAGGGCCGCGCUCCCUGCAUCAAGAGGAUCCGGAGAUCAGCCGCAGAGGAGCAACCAAACAAUGUGGCCGACCUUCUGGUCUUUGAAAUUCCGGAGAACGAAAACUAAGAUAACAGUUAAGCAUUAAAUACCUAUACCAUUUAAAAG